AAAUGAGCUUUGGGGCAGCGUGCAUCUUCCUGCGCGGAGGGAAGAACAUUUCAAGAGAACUGGCUGAUGAUGAGAUUGAUGAGCUGCGUGAUGCAUUCAAUGAGUUCGACAAAGACAAGGACGGCUUGAUCAGCUGUAAGGACCUGGGGAACCUGAUGAGGACGAUGGGUUACAUGCCCACAGAAAUGGAGCUGAUCGAGCUGAGCCAGAAUAUCAACAUGAACCUCGGGGGCCGAGUCGACUUUGAUGACUUUGUGGACCUGAUGACCCCUAAGCUCCUUGCAGAAACAGCUGGAAUGAUCGGCGUGAAGGAGCUGAAAAACGCCUUUAAAGAGUUUGACAUGGACGGAGAUGGAGAGAUUACGACAGAGGAGCUGAGGGCGGCCAUGACUAAGCUGAUGGGAGAGCACAUGACGCGGAGGGAAAUCGAUGCUAUAGUUAAAGAAGCUGACGAUAAUGGAGACGGCACAGUAGAUUUUGAAGAAUUUGUCAGGAUGAUGUCCCAUCAAUGAGAGCCAAGGCCAAAGCCCGUCGAGGAAAUCCGCACACUCCUUUACAUUAGCA